AUGGAGGAUGUUACAUUUAUUAUCAAAGAUGGUGAUAGAAAGAAAACGAUUACACUGAGUUGUGAUCCCCAAUCUGAUGAAAUUGGUGAGAUUAAGGAGAGAAUUGAGGGCAAAUACGAUUAUCCAGUAAAACGUCAACGUUUUUAUUAUCACGGUGAGGAAAUGCACAACGACAGCAUUUUAAAUAAUUUUGACUUUGAUAGAAGUGAACACAUUGAUGUGGAUAUCAUACCAGCACCAUUUAUUGAAAUUGUGGGAGAGGAUAAAACGAUUGAAGUGGACUACAAUUGUUAUGACCGUGUGCAAUCUCUAUUUCAACAAGUGGCCAAAUCAUGGGGGUUAGAGGAACAACAAAUUGCCCUAGUAAACUGGAAAAAUUUGAAAUUGUUGGACAAACGUCAACUAUUGAGUGAUUACCAAAUAGAUGGGAACGAUGAAAACAAACGCAGGGUGAGGCUACGCAUUCAGCCAAAGGAUACAAUAGAAAUCAAAGUGUAUAGUAUAGAUGGCGGAGAUCAAAAUUUUAAAAUACCAAGUUCCGGCACAGUACUCAAAUUAAAAGAGGAAAUUGGGAAAUUGGAAAACAGAGAUACGAACAGUAUUCAACUAAUGUUCAAAGGGAAACAACUCGCUAAUGAUGCCACUUUGAACUCAUUGGGUAUUGUAAAUGGUACCCAUUUAUUUUCACAAAGUAGACUUCACGGUGGAGGACAAAAAAUAUUCGAUUUGUGCUUUUCUUAA